AGUCUUCCUCUCCCUUUUCUCACGUCCUCUCCAUUACAAGUUUAGCAUCAUUUAUUGACCAAUGCGUAAACUGUAUUGACUAUUCGUCCUUAGCUAACCUCCAUUAAAAAUCUCUGCAUUGUAUUUGCCACAUACCCAAAUCAAACAUGAGCUUCAUCAAAUCCUUCUUCAUAUCCCUCUCUGUAAUAACUUGUCAGCUUAUCUCAACACAAGCAGAUACAAUAAUUAACAUACGAAACAAUUGUCCUUUCACGGUAUGGGCAGCUGCCGUCCCCGGUGGAGGCCGACGACUCGCCUAUGGCGCAGCAUGGAGGAUCCCACAAACAAACUUGAGCUCAAUUAGCAGCCGGCGUAUUUGGGGCCGAACCAAUUGCAAUUUUGACACAUCUGGCCGAGGUCAAUGUCAAAUAGGGGAUUGCAAGGGACUCCUCGAAUGUCAAGAUUAUGGUACACCCCCAGUCACUUUAGCCGAAUACACCUUAAACCUAUCCAACAAUAAGGAUUACUUCGACAUAUCUCUUGUUGAUGGUUUCAAUUUGCCAAUGGAAUUUAGCCCUGCAUCGACUGAUAAAUGCUCUGCUAGGAUUAGUUGUACUGCGGACAUCAUAGGACAGUGUCCUAAUGAAUUAAGGACACCCGGAGGAUGUAACAGUCCUUGCACUGUUUUUAAAACUGACCUAUAUUGUUGCAGAAAUAAAUCUAAUAAUUGUGGUCCGACUAACUUGUCGAAGUUCUUUAAAGAUAGAUGUUCAACUUCUUACAGUUAUCCUAAAGAUGAUACAACUAGUCUCUUUAAUUGUCCUAGUGGAAUCAACUAUAGAGUGGUCUUUUGUCCAUAAAUUAAAUGGAUGCAACAUAUUUUCUCUAAUUGCUGCUUCUUAGACGUUUGAAAUUUCUAUGCAAAUUUGGUUUACGUCAGUACUCAAUAUCGCUAUUU